AUGGAACUCAGUGACCCACAGGAGAGGUGGGACAGGGAACUCAGUGACCCACAGGAGAGGUGGGACAGGGAACUCAGUGACCCACAGGAGAGGUGGGACAUGGAACUCAAUGACCCACAGGAGAGGUGGGACAGGGAACUCAGUGACCCACAGGAGAGGUGGGACAUGGAACUCAAUGACCCACAGGAGAGGUGGGACAGGGAACUCAGUGACCCACAGGAGAGGUGGGACAGGGAACUCAGUGACCCACAGGAGAGGUGGGACAGGGAACUCAGUGACCCACAGGAGAGGUGGGACAGGGAACUCAGUGACCCACAGGAGAGGUGGGACAGGGAACUCAAUGACCCACAGGAGAGGUGGGACAUGGAACUCAGUGACCCACAGGAGAGGUGGGACAGGGAACUCAGUGACCCACAGGAGAGGUGGGACAGGGAACUCAGUGACCCACAGGAGAGGUGGGACAGGGAACUCAGUGACCCACAGGAGAGGUGGGACAGGGAACUCAGUGACCCACAGGAGAGGUGGGACAGGGAACUCAGUGACCCACAGGAGAGGUGGGACAGGGAACUCAGUGACCCACAGGAGAGGUGGGACAGGGAACUCAGUGACCCACAGGAGAGGUGGGACAGGGAACUCAGUGACCCACAGGAGAGGUGGGACAGGGAACUCAGUGACCCACAGGAGAGGUGGGACAGGGAACUCAAUGACCCACAGGAGAGGUGGGACAGGGAACUCAGUGACCCACAGGAGAGGUGGGACAGGGAACUCAAAUAA